AUGUCUUCAAAGUCAAGACAAAAACAACAAAACUCCAAAACUCUUUCUGCUUCUGAUGGUAAAGAACAAGUUUUGUUAGUUAUUACUCGUCUUGUAUUGUAUUAUGUGGAUCGUUUAGAGCAAUCACAACAACAAAUCAAUAACGAAUCCGAGUCAGAGACUUCAUCAUCUCCACAAAGAGCAAUGGAAUCAGAUGAUGAAUUAUCUUCGUCACAAGAAGAAUUGCUUGAAGAUUCACAUGUAGGGAAACGUAAAAAACAAGUUAAAGAUCCAAAUGCACCUAAAAGACCACGUAACGCAUUCUUGAUAUAUUGUCAGAAUCAACGUGAACAAGCAAGAGAAGAAAAUCAAAACAACAAAGAAUUUCAAGGUGUUACUAGAAUUUUAAGUCGGAAAUGGAAGGAUUUGCCAGAAAAUGAAAGAAAAGUUUAUUUUGAAAUGUAUGGCAAAGAAAAAUUACGUUAUGAAAAAGAAAUGUCUAGUUAUGUUGGAGCUUCGUCAAAUAAUUAUAUCGGCCCUGAGGAUUCGCAAAGAAAUCAAAAUAUAUCAAUAAUGACGAUAGAAGAUGUCAAUAUCAAUAAUGUUACCAAUAGUGUUAAUGAACAUUCUAUUAGUUACGAUGAUCAAGAAGAAAAGUAUCAAGGUGGAGUUGAUGCAUGUGCCACAGAGCCGGGAGCCAAUGAUAUAAAAGACCACCUAAUGAUGAUGACGAUCAAAGCGAACGGAUAUGAAGAAGACGCUUCAAAUUCUUCUGGUAAUGAAAGAAUGUUUGAUGAAUUAGCAGCGGACAUACCAUAUAAUAGAUUUGAUAUUAUUCAACAGAGUUCCACUGAUCAAUCUAACAAUGACGCUGGAAAUUGGUUAAAAAAGACAGCUGAAUUAAUUGUUGAAGGUGGUUGUAAUUUAGAAGGAUAUGAUAGACACGAUGCACACAAUUUGUUGUCAGAAAAUGAAGAUUAA